AUGUCUUUCCCCCAGCUUGGCUACCCGCAGUACUUAAGUGCCUCCCAGGCGGUUUACGGGAGCGAGAGGACGGGAGUGCUAACACCUUCCUCCCGGGGAGGGAGCACCGAAAUCGGAGGGAGUCCUUCAGCUACCGCUGCGGCAGUCACCUCGGUGUUGGGCAUGUACGCCAACCCGUACGCUCAUAACUACAGCGCUUUCUUACCUUACACCAGCGCGGAUCUGGCGCUUUUCUCCCAAAUGGGAUCCCAAUAUGAUCUGAAGGACAGUCCUGGCGUUCACCCGGCCAGUUUUGCAGCUCACACCUCUCCUGCCUUCUACCCAUACGGUCAGUUCCAGUACGGGGACCCGGCAAGGCCUAAGAAUGCCACAAGGGAGAGCACCAGCACCCUAAAAGCCUGGCUCAACGAGCACAGAAAGAACCCUUACCCGACGAAAGGUGAGAAGAUCAUGCUGGCAAUCAUCACCAAGAUGACCCUAACGCAGGUCUCCACCUGGUUCGCUAAUGCAAGGAGGAGAUUGAAGAAGGAGAACAAGGUGACAUGGGGGAGCAGGAGCAAAGAGGACGGAGAAGAUGGCAAUUUAUUUGGCAGCGGAGACGAAGCAGAGAAAAAUGAGGAUGAGGAGGAGAUUGACUUGGAGAGUAUAGAUAUAGACAAAAUAGACGAUAAUGACGGGGAUCAGAGUAACGAGGAUGACGAUGAUAAAUCCACCGACGGGGGCACUAGAGACCACAGAGGCGAUGGAGACGCAGGUGGAGAGCUGGACAGCUUGGAGAAAAGACGGGCCUUCUCCUUGCAGGGCCACGAGGCCUUGGACAAAUCAAAAAGCUCGAUUUCACUACAUCCGGGCUGUAAAGACAACUCAGAGAAUAACAAUACAACAAGAGUACUAUCUCCGGACAGACCUGGAGGCUUUCCCUUGCCCUCGAACAAUAAACCCAAAAUAUGGUCAUUAGCAGAAACCGCCACAACCCCUGACUCUUCAGCCCAGAAACCCACGUCCCCUUCUGGUCCGGUGGGCCCCUCUCACCCACAUAUACAGGCACACCCCGCCUUCCUCCCCAGCCACGGACUGUACACUUGCCAAAUUGGAAAGUUCCACAACUGGACGAACGGUGCAUUUCUGGGCCAGAACUCCCUGCUCAAUGUGAGAUCCUUUCUGGGGAACCACCAUCACCAUCAUCAGCACCAGAACCACCACCUUGCGGCCCAGCAACAGCAGCAACCGACUUCAGUGGUGGUGUCUCCGGUAGCAGCUCCCCUCAGCCAAGAGAACAAGACCCCAAUGGACAGCCCCAAACACAUAGAACACGAACAUGGUGUACGGUGUGAUUCGCCUCCAACACCAACAUUGAAGCCUUCUUUUCGACCCCUUCAUGACAGAUCGUCAAGGAGUCCACAAGACGCUACGCAACGGGUCCUCACUGCUCUCUCUUCUGCUUGA